UCAUAGUGAGAGCUCUUUAGUCGGUCGCUAAGAGUGAUGCUUCCCCGUCAUCUCCGUAGCUUCGUUGCAGGCCAGCGUGCGCGCUCGUUGCUUUCGCACAGACCAGCUUUAGCGUCCUUUUCGCUGCCUGGUUAUUCUCCAGUCAGCCAUCCCUUGUCGCGACACGCAAACACUUCCGCAUCUCGUUCCUUCCACUCAUCAUCGCGAAGACAUGACGAGCUCCCGAAGUCACCCUUUCAAACGUUUGUCGAUGUUCUUCGUGACGAACUCCGCAAGAACAGAGAGCUCCAGGACAAUGUCAAACAACUUCAGGGUGACGUUGACAAGUUCCAGGAUUCGGAGGCCAUGAAACGGGCGAAGGAAGUGUAUGAGCGUGCAAGAUUGACGUCCAGCAUAAAAGAGAACCCUCGUUUGAGGGCAGCAGCGGAGGAACUAAAGAAGACGGGUGUUAAGGUCGGAGAUGCGGUAACAGAGGCUUUGAAGACUAUGGAAGAGAGCGAAAUUAUGCGCGCAAUUUCGCGAGCAACGACGUCCCUCUCUAGUACCAUUGCUACCACAACCGAGCCCAUCCGUCAGACGGCUGCUUACAAAACUCUUGCAGAGACUCUCGUUGAUGCCCUGGAUGACUCUGGGUCUGCCAAGCACGCUGGGUUUGAAGACAAGGAAGCUCGGAGGCGACGCAGGCAAAAACGUCUUGAGAAGGCGGGCCUAACCGGACGUCGAAUAAUGGAGGAGAACCCGGAAGCAGGUCAAGCACUGGUAUCUGUUAAAACUUCGCCUCGUGCUGAGGCCUGGGAGAAUUUCAAAUCCACGAACCCUGUCAUGCAACGCUUAUCCUCGCUACAUGCCGCGUACGAGGAGUCAGAGUCUCCCCUCGUUACACCGCUUCGUGCUGUGACCAGUACGAUUGGGUCCUGGUUCGAGGAGAACGAAACAGCACAAGUGACACGGAUGAUCCGCGCAAUGGAUCCGAACUUUUCGAGGGAGGCGUUCGAGAGGGAGUUGAGAGAAUAUAUCAUUCCUGAAGUCGUAGAUGCGUACUUGAGUGCAGACAGGGAGUCGCUUGUUAGGUGGUGCAGUGAAGCGACGUACAAUGUCCUUUGGGCAACUAUGGAACAAUAUCUCCGCCAGGGCCUUGUGAGUGAUAGCAAAGUGCUUGAUAUCCGAUCGGUAGACGUUUCCGAUGGAAAGAUUCUCGACUCCUCUAUCCCUGUCUUUGUUGUGACAUUCUCGACACAAGAGGUUCUUCUAUUCCGCAACGCAGCCUCCCGUGAGAUCGUUGUCGGCGCUGAAAACCGAGUGGAACAGUGUGUAUAUGCUGCGGUGAUAACGCGCGUUCACGAGGAGUUAGCUGACGAGGUUACGGGAGGGUGGAAGGUCGUCGAAAUGGCACGCAGGUCCUCCAGAGCGUAUCUAUAGUCGUGUCAAUUAGAUACUGGGCACUAACACACAACGCAUCCAUCACUGCUUUGCUUAAUUAUCAAUCACCACUCAUCUCGUCAUAGCAGUAUCUUAUUACAUUGACUAUAUAAGUUUUGUCUGAACCUA